AAUGUUGUGAUAACCAGUGUGGUUCCAGGUGACUAUGAUGGUGACUCCCAAAUGGAUGUCCUGCUGACAACUCACCCACAAAAGCAACCCAGCGCUGACUUAACUGUCUUGAUUUUUUGGGGAAAUAAUCAAACUUUAGAUGUAAAUCGUAAACUAGUAUUAAGUAAGAUGUUUCAUGAUGAACCACUAAUCAUGGAUUUCAAUGGUGACUUAAUCCCUGAUGUAUUUGGAGUUACAAAUGAAUCAUUUAAACCACAGAUACUGAUUGGCAGCAAUAACAGGAAUUUAUCAUGGCACCCGGCACUGGAUACACAUAAUAAAAUGUAUAUACCCCACUCUCAUGCAUUUAUAGAUCUGACUAAUGAUUUCACUGCAGAUUUGUUUCUCACAACAUUAUUAAAUGAUGGACAAAUUCAGUUUGAAAUAUGGGAAAAUCAGAAUGGGAAUUUUUCAAAACCUACACACAUAAAGAAGAAACCUGAAGAUGCUGUUGUUGUUGGCCAAUCAGUAUUUGCAGAUUUUGAUGGUGAUGGACAGACUGAGCAUUUGCUGCCAGUGUGUGCUGAUGCAGCUUGUCAAAAGAGUGUCAUCUACCUAUCUAAACCAGGAUCAGAUCAAUGGUUUCCAGUGUUACAAAACUUCACCAAUAAAGGCACUGUAUGGGGCUUUGUCCCAUAUAAUAAUGAUCCAGUUUCAACUGAAUUUUCAGUUCCAAUCACACUUCACAUUGGAGAUUAUAACAUGGAUGGCUACCCGGAUGCACUUGCCAUACUGAGGAAUACAUCAGGAAGCAACCAGCAAGCUUUCCUAUUACAGAAUGUCGAAUGCAAUAAUGCAAGCUGUGCAGGUGCCCGGCGUAUGUUUAAGGUCUACUGGGAGCUCUCAGAUCUAAAUCAAAUCAAAGACGCCAUGGUGGCAACCUUCUUUGACAUUUAUGAAGAUGGAAUCUUGGAUAUCCUUGUCCUCAGCAAUAAUUCUUCUAAGAAAGAGCUUGCUAUUCAUGCAUUAAAAAAUAACUUUGAAGCUGAUGCUUACUUUGUUAAAGUCAUUGUUCUCAGCGGCCUUUGUUCAAAUGACUGUCCUCAUAAGAUAACGCCCUUUGGUGUGAAUCAACCUGGACCUUAUAUUAUGUAUACAACAGUAGAUGCAAAUGGAUACUUGAAAAACGGUUCAGCUGGACAGCUCAGCCAGUCUGCCCACUUUGCCCUCCAGCUCCCGUAUAAUGUGUUAGGCUUGGGACGCAGUGCUAAUUUCCUUGAUCACUUGUAUGUCGGCAUUCCUCGUCCACUGGGAGAAACGUCUGUAAGAAAACAGGAGUGGACAGCCAUCAUCCCAAAUUCCCAGCUUAUAGUCAUUCCAUAUCCUCACUAUCUCCCUCGAAGCUGGAGUGCCAAGCUGUACCUAACCCCAAGUAACAUUGUACUGCUAACAGCGAUUGCCCUAAUUGGGGUCUGUGUCUUCAUCCUGGCAAUAAUUGGCAUAUUGCACUGGCAGGAAAAGAAAGCAGAUGACAGAGAAAAACGGCAAGAAGCCCACCGUUUCCAUUUUGAUGCUAUGUGAUCUGCCUUAAUACCUUGAUGGAUGAGAUGUAUAGAAUUGUCUUGAUCUAAAGUAGUAUAUUGGAGUAUACAAAGGCCAAGGAAGAGGGUAUUCUUUCUGUACUAUUUGUAAAUGUUGCAAUGUUUUUAAUUUAUUUGUAAAGUGUUAAAAUCAAGUGUAUCUUACAUGGCCUUCCAGUAAUCAGUUGUAUAUACACUUUUCACUUGGUUUAACAAAGCUGUAAAUUCAGCUUUAAUAGUGUAUGCAUGCAUUUCAUUGUUUUCAUAUUCUUGUUUUCUUCUGUACAAUGUUUCAUGCAAAGGAAAUUAUAUGUAAAUUGGAAGUGAGUUUCAUUGCGCAAAAUCCUUUUAGUGCCACUUCAAUAAGUCCAGUCACAUAUACGUUCCCAGUGUGCAAUGUGAAUUACAUUUUUAUAAUUUCCUUUCCAGCAAACUGUCAGAUAAGACAUCUCAUGUUAUUCUGAGUCCUCUCUCUGGUGUUUCAUCUGCAUUGCUUAUUCUUGUCUUAAUCUUUUGUCACAAUCAAGUGUGAGGAAAAACUUUUUUUAACUGAAAGGUAAAAGCAUCUUAAUAACUGAUCUGUAAUAGUUGUUCGUAAUUUGAUUUACAUUUUAAAUUAUGCUUUCCUGAAAUGGAAUAAUUCUGCAUUAUUUAUUCUUGGUAGUAGUUAUGAUGCAAGUACACUAAGGCAUAUCAUGAAAACAAUUGACCAAUAAGAAGUUCUUCAAACAUGUGCAUUUCUUGGGAGAGAAUUCUACAUGAAAAACCAUGUGCUGUGUGAUGUUUGCAAAUUCAGAUCAGAUUAAGGGCUGGACUAUGAUAUACUUAUUUUUCCUGCAAUCUUGACUGAGGUUAUAUAUUGUAGCUACAAAGCAGUUUUUGGGUAUUUGUUACAACUACAAACAAACAGAAUCCAGAAUUUUCCCAAUACUGAUUGUGCCAUGGCAUUUUUAUUAAACAGAUUGUGCUGAAAACACACUUUAUGUAUUGCAAUGUAUUCCUUGAGUUUUAUUUAUCACUUACUAUGCCUUGAGAACUGUUGCUUUGCAUUCCUAAUAAACAAUAUCAAUUAAGUUAAA